UGUCCGCGCGUGUGACGUCACUACCCCGCGCCGGCGGCACGUUGGAUCCCUGGCAUAGCGGGGUUUACCGAGGGCAAAAAUGUCUAUGGCUAGUGAUUUCUACCUGCGCUACUACGUCGGGCACAAGGGCAAGUUUGGGCACGAGUUUUUGGAGUUCGAGUUUCGGCCGGACGGGAAGCUUAGAUAUGCCAACAACAGCAAUUAUAAAAAUGACGUGAUGAUCAGAAAAGAGGCCUAUGUCCACAAGAGUGUAAUGGAAGAACUGAAGAGAAUUAUUGACGACAGUGAAAUUACGAAAGAGGACGACGCUCUAUGGCCGCCCCCUGACAGGGUUGGCCGGCAGGAACUUGAAAUUGUAAUUGGGGAUGAACACAUUUCUUUUACCACAUCAAAAAUAGGUUCGCUUAUUGAUGUAAAUCAGUCAAAGGAUCCCGAAGGCCUCCGUGUAUUUUACUAUUUGGUACAAGACUUGAAAUGCUUAGUCUUCAGCCUCAUUGGUCUACACUUCAAGAUUAAGCCAAUUUGAAUCGGAUGUUUUUGAGGUUAUUUAUAUAUUUAAUUAAAGGAAGGGUUUUUCUAUUGACAAUUUUGGGAUUUUUAUGAAUGUGAAACUUUUGUAUAUAAACUCACUAUAUGAAAAAAAACAGAUUACAUGGUUUUCAUUUCUUGGCGCCACAUAGAAGAGACAGUUCCUAUAUAUAAUUGAUUCUGUAAAUAAAAGCCAUUUUUUGUUGAAAUUUUGCUCUAAUAAAAUGUACCAAAGCCUG